AAAGACAAUGUUAGGGCUCGUUGAGACUGUUAUAACGAGGUCUAGGCCUACUGCAGACCACAACAUUUUUGUCAGAGACAACAAUUUGAUAUUCCAUUUGGGCGAGGGAAAGUAUGGUGAUAUCAACAGAACUGCAGUCUUGAAACAAGUCGUUGUUAUGUCACUCAUCUUUAAUAAAGGGAAUCUUUGUGGCACAAUUUAAAAAGCGAAAAAGGAGAGGGGAGGGCAGGGGGAAACGGUAUCCUAGCAACUACAUCACGCAAACAUAUGAAACAUGGCGGACGAUAAGGAUAGUGCAGAGGCUAUCCUCUCCGUGGUCCAUAAGAAGAUCGGUGAUGCCUUUGAUGUGUUUGACCAUGAGUUCAACAAAACAGUAGAUGUCAGGGAGAUUGGAACCAUAAUACGGUCACUGGGAUGUUUUCCAUCAGAGGCAGAAUUACAUGAUAUCAUUGCUGAAGUGGAAGAGGAGGAGCCAAUGGGCUACAUUCGCUUUGAGAAGUUCCUUCCUGCCAUGACCAUGGUGCUGAUGGAACGCAAGUUCGGCCCCAUUCCAGAGGAUCUACUCCUUCAGGCAUUUGAGGUUUUGGAUCAACAGAAGAAAGGCCAUUUAGACCCAGAGGAACUAACUAAAUAUAUGACACAGGAAGGGGAACCCUUCACACAGGAGGAGAUGGAGGAGAUGCUGUCGGCUGCUCUCGAUCCUGACAAGAACGUCAUUUUCUACAAGGACUUUGUGAGCGCGAUGGCCGUCGAUGAUACUUAGUGUCCACCAGCACCUAAUCCAGGCAGAGGCUGACGCUGGGGCAGUCCAGGCCCGCGACCAAUGAAAGCCUGCUGCCGGUGAAGAUUGAUCAAUAUUCAAUAAUCAAUAAAGAAUCGAAGGUUUUGAGUUA